AUGGCAGGAUACAUGCACACUGACCCCUUCGAUACAGGGACGCUUGCCGUGGGAACAAUCCACCACCUCUACUACGAACAAUAUGGCAAUCCAGAUGGCAAACCGGUAAUCUUCCUCCACGGCGGACCAGGCGGCAAAACUUCCAAAAACAACACAACCUACUUCAACCCAUCAAUCUACCGCGUUAUCCUCCUCGACCAACGAGGCACAGGUAAAUCCCAACCUCAAACCGAACUCCGCGAAAACACAACCCCAGACCUAGUCACCGACAUCGAAACCCUACGCAUCCAUCUUCAAAUCCCAAAAUGGCACCUCCUUUUCGGCGGCUCCUGGGGCUCAACACUAGCCCUCCUCUACGCCCAAUCCCACCCCGAUAAAGUCAACGCCCUCCUUCUCCGUGGCGUAUUCACAACCCGCGAUGCAGAAGUUUCCUGGAGCCGCGGCGCACUAGGCGCCGCAAACAUCUUCCCCGAAGCAUGGGAAGUGUUUCUCUCUUUUUUACCUGUUCAGGAACGGGGUGAUCCCGUCGCAGCUUACUAUAAGCGGCUUACCGGGGAUGAUUAUGCAGUACGAUUAGCUGCUGCUAAGGAGUGGAAUCGGUGGGAUAUGAGUAUUGGGUCGUUGAGGGUUGAUGAGAGUGGGUUUUUGGCGUUGGAGGAUGAGGAAUGGAGUUUGGCGCAUGCGCUUAUGGAAGCGCAUUAUGCUGUGCAUCAUUUUUGGUUGGAUGAGGGGCAGAUUUUGAAGAGUGAGAAUCUUGAGCGGAUGAGGCAUCUUUCUGUUACUAUUGUUCAGGGCCGUUAUGAUAUGAUGCUGGACAUAGUGGGUCGGUAUGUGUAUAAUGAGGUUGUUGUAGGGAACCUGGGACGAGGGUUGAAUUAUUGA